AUGACGCCCAAGGGAUCGCGCAAACGGGUGAAGCCCAGCCCUUCUGGUGUGGACUCACCGUUCCCCGCAUCGCCGAGCAAUGCUGCUCCAGCUCAGUCCCAAGAACGCCUAAGUUGGUAUCCUGGGUCCUGGUCGGCGAUCUCGCGAGGGUCCAAGGCAGCUCCAGUUACCGAGGUUGCCCGUGAGAGCAUAUCGGUCGCUCAAAACGUAGCUUGCAGCGUCGCAGACUCCUCGAACUCAUCCCUUCAUUCUCCCAAGCGAAAUCGAGCUCAAUCCAUUCAACUGAUCAAGAAAGCUGGAGCAUCUACCCGUUCCCUCCCAGCUGAUGUAGCUACAACAAGAGUCAACAUUGCUUCAGAUGGAUCAGCGUCUACAACAGCCCAAGCUAACAGCGAACCUAAUCCAUCCGAUGAGCCACCAGCAGAUAAAGUUACCCCUGUCGAAUUAGCAACGAAAAAUCCAGAAAAAUCAGCCGAAGAACAAGGACCGACCGUUGACGGUGACCCUGAUCCCAACGCUUUACAGCCAGAAGAUACUAGUGCUGCGGAGCAACCUAGCGGAUGGUUCUCGUGGCUCUAUAAGCCCGGAAACAUUGAGAAAAGUACUGUUCAAAGUGCCGAACUAGAAGCCUCAACUGAUAGACCAACCGAUACCCCUGAGAACUCGAACAAAGCCGCCGAGCUUGAAACAAACAAACCACAGUCAACUGAACAAUACCAACAGCUGGAGCAGAAUCAAGACCCAGAAGAUCACGCCCAGGGACCUAGCACAACGGAAAUAACUUCAACGGCUCAAAAGCGGUCGUGGUUACAAAUGUGGUACGGCUCUUCGUCAAACAAACCGGAAGAGCAGCCAGCUUCAGAACCAGCGCCCCCUUCCACGGAAGCUGAGCCAUCGGCGACUGCAGAUGUGGAAAUGACAUCCAACGAUCCACCUGAAGGGGUAACUGAAGGGCAUGGAGAAGAAUCUAGGCCGCCACAAGCACCUGUCGGGUCAGUGAAGUCGUCAGGCUGGUCUUUCUGGGCUAAAGACACGUCUAAAGAUGGAAUGCCUGCCAAGCCCCAGGAGGUCGAGGUGGUUGAAGGAUCAAUGGCGACGAAUAGCGCAUCCAGGCCACAGGAGCUUGAGCCAGAUAUGGAAGCAAACGUGAAAAUCACGCCCAAGGGUAGCAUCAGAGUCAAGCCAGACAGCCGUGUCAAAGAUGGUGCAGUCUCCAUUGUCGAGGCAAUAUCUACUUCGACCCCACCUGCUGAGCCUCGACCAGCAGAUGUUACUGCGUCGAAGCAACUGCAAAAGGUCUUGUCUAAUCAGGUGCUACCACGGUUUGAAGAAACGUACAGCCUGGAGGAAUCGCCUUCUCUUUUCCAGUCCCUCGGUCGGUUUCUUCAUUAUACCAAAGGUCCAGAACACAACCAUGUCUCCCGUGUCAAAGAACCGCCUCGAAUCAAACGUGCUCUGGCUAUUGGGGUUCAUGGAUACUUCCCUGCUCCAUUAAUUCGAAGCGUGCUGGGGCAACCUACAGGAACAUCUAUUCGGUUCUCCAACAUGGCAGCAGAAUCGAUUCGGAAGUAUACAGCAGACCAUGGGUACUCCUGUGAAAUUGAAAAGAUUGCACUGGAAGGCGAGGGCCGCAUUUCAGAGCGAGUGGAUUUGCUAUGGAAGCUUCUUCUAAAUUGGAUGGAAGAGAUCCGCAAGGCUGAUUUCAUUCUUGUCGCGUGCCACAGUCAGGGAGUACCGGUAUCAAUCAUGCUAGUCGCAAAGCUCAUAUCCUUUGGCUGUGUCAAUGCAUCAAGGGUAGGCGUCUGCGCUAUGGCUGGAGUAAAUAUGGGUCCUUUCUCUUCUUACCGAUCUCGCUGGAUCUCUGGAUCUGCUGGAGAGCUCUUCGAAUUUGAGCAACCAUCCAGUAGAGUGUCCAAAGACUAUGGAGCUGCAUUGAGGUGUGCGCUAGAUUUUGGUGUGCGGAUCUCUUAUAUUGGAAGUAUUGACGAUCAACUCGUCUCUCUAGAGUCAUCAUUAUUUUCGCCCAUUAAUCAUCCAUAUAUCUACCGAUCUGUUUUUGUCGACGGAAGAGUCCAUGCACCUAGCUUUGUAUCCCACCUUGUCGGCUUCGCUCUCAAACUCCGAAAUCUCGGCAUUCCUGACCACGGCUUGAUCCGUGAACUCAGUACCCCACUUGCCGGAAGUCUCUACACUGGAGAUGGUCAUUCUCGGUUAUACGACGACGAAGCAGUGUACUACAUGGCCAUUCAAUUUGCACUUGAAACAUCCAUCGUUCCAGAAGCUUCCCUAGAGAUAAAACGUUCCAGUCCUUCCGUCCCCUCAAAUCCGUUCAUUCUUCCAUUUGCGAUGCGCGGCCUGCUUGAAGAAGAGCAUGUACGCCGUGAAAUGAACGAGGAGACUAUGGAGCUCUUGCGACAAUUCGAUGACUGGAAACCAUCAAGCAAGGUUUUGAAGGACGUCAAGUUUCGCCUAGAGGGUAUCCGGUCAAAGUUGUAG